CAACACGUCAGUCUUUGUUUUACUCCUAUGAUUUUCCAUAAAUGUUGAGAGUUGCUAAUAGGUAAUCUGAAUUGUUAAUGUAUCGAUCUACUUGGUUACAAUUACUACAAAGAACAGCGCAUAUUAAUUAAAUAUUUUAUUUUGAAGCUAAUGUGACUACGUUUCCGGUGUUCUUCCUCGUAUUUGGCUGACUUGACGCAGCUGUAAGUGGGACAAAUGAAGUUCAUUUUCCACAGCUGGUGAUGGCGGAUGUUGUUGAAAAAGACACCAUGAAGAAUUACCACAUAGCGUCUGAGAAAAUUAACCCAGAUACCAGUCGUUAUCCUUACUGUAUUGUAUGGACACCUAUCCCCGUAUUAUCAUGGUUGCUUCCAUUCAUUGGCCACAUGGGGAUCUGCACUUCCACUGGUGUCAUCCGGGACUUUGCUGGACCUUACUUUGUCUCAGAAGACAACAUGGCUUUUGGAAGACCAACAAAGUACUGGAUGCUUGAUGUCAGCAAAGUCUACACCAGUGGCUCGAAUGCCUGGGACACAGCAGUGCACGAUGCUUCAGAGGAGUACAAGCACAGAAUGCACAACCUCUGCUGUGACAACUGUCACUCGCAUGUUGCCAUGGCUCUGAAUCUGAUGCGAUAUGAAAACAGCACCUCAUGGAACAUGGUCAACCUCUGCCUCCUUGCUCUGAUCCAUGGAAAACAUGUCAGCUGUGCAGGCUUUCUGAAGACCUGGCUGCCUUUCCUGAUGCUGGUGGGCAUCAUCCUCACAGUGGCCCUGACCCUCAACCUGCGGUGACCUGGGAUGCAAGCUAAGGACCCCUGCAGGUCCAGCGUGGUGGGGUUGUGCUUUUAGACAACGAGGGAUGCGUCACACGGUGUCAAAGCAAAAGUAACAGAGGAGACACAGACAUUUCUCCAAAGGAGAUUGUUGAGCGGGAAUGUCCAACACAUGUACACCAACACAUGUUUGGUUUGUGGAAAGCAGACAGCCUGUUACUGGCAGUGCUCCAGUGGUGAAGCUGGAAAGGGACGGAAAGUCAUUUCAUUUUCAGUCGUUUGUUUUGAGUGACUGCACACACUCCACCACAACUUCCAGAAUCACACAAACACACUUAAUGGAUUAUGAUUAUCUGAAAGCCUAACAGCAGGUUUAAGCCACCUGCGAAGCGUAGAAGUUAUGUAGCUGUAUUAAUAGUUGAAUAGAGGUACAUAAAGAAUUUCCCCUCGGGAAUAAAUAAAGGAAUUCUGAUUCUGAUUACAUA